CGUAUUAUUACCAUUUAUCUGUUUAAAACUGAGACAGUUUCCAUUGUAAACAACGCUGUACAAAAACAAAUCUUUUCCCCUCAGUCAGGAGCAAAACUCUGCAUGAUUUAGCUCUGCAGGGAAAAACACAGUUUUAAAGAUUUCCAUGUGUUUGUGGAGAACGAAUCGGCUUUUGUUGUGAUCGGGUGAAAAGGAUCUUUCCGAAGACUUGACUCAGCAAACCCGAUCCUUGACGCUCCACACGGAAGGGCGCAGCCUCCUCUGCGUGGUGACGUCACGCCCUUCCAGCAACAUCAGCAUCAGCAGCGGUGAGCAGGAGAAGGACAGGGACGCGGUGCUGGUGCUGGUCCUGGGGCAGGGGACGGACCCGGAUUGAAGGGAAGUGAUGUCCCUCUCUAAUCCGUUCCGCAAGAAAGCCAUGACCGAGGCCCCCGAGCAGCGCCCAUGACGCCCCGAGAGGCGACGCGGACCGGCGCCGGAGCGCGGAACGAGGAGCGCGGGGAUGGUGUACUGGCGCGUGGGCCUGGCGUGGAGCCGCUCGUGCGCGCUCGACCUCGGCCGCAACAAGAGCCUCCUUCCCCUCGGCCUCUGCAAUAGCCACGACGAGCAGCUCUCGUUUUAUGGCUACGUGGUCGCGUACCCGCUGCAGGACUACGGCGGCAUCAUGGCGGCCCUGGGCUCGGACUCGUGGUGGCGGAAGACGUUGUACAUCACCGGGGGCGCGCUGCUCGCCGCCGCCGCCUAUCUGCUGCACGAGCUGCUUGUCGUCAGAAAAGACCAGGAAAUGGAUUCCAAAGACACAAUUAUUCUCCACCAAUUUUCCAGGCCCAAGAAUGGUGUUCCCAGCUUGUCCCCCUUCUGCCUAAAGACGGAGACCUACCUGCGAAUGGUUGACCUGCCUUACCAGAACUAUUUCGACGGAAAGCUUUCUGCACAGGGGAAGAUGCCGUGGAUCGAGUACAACCAGGAGCAGGUGAGUGGCUCGGAGUUCAUCAUCGACUUCCUGGAGGAGAAGCUGGGCGUGAACCUGAACACCGACUUGAGUCCAGAGGAGCGAGCCAUGUCACGUGCCAUCACCAAAAUGGUGGAGGAACAUUUCUACUGGACGAUCGCCUACUGUCAGUGGGUGGAUAACCUCGAGGAGACCAAGAAGAUGCUGGCAGUGACCGGGCCGCUGAGUGACGCGCUGAAGUGGAUCCUGAGUCACAUCAACGGCGGCAUGGUGAAGAGAGAGAUGUACGGACACGGCAUCGGACGAUUCUCCAGAGAGGAACUCUACGCUCUGAUGGAGAAGGACAUGCGCACCCUGGCCACUCUGCUCGGAGAUAAGAAGUACAUCAUGGGCCCCAAAGUCUCCACAGUGGACGCUGCAGUGUUCGGUCACCUCGCCCAGGCCAUGUGGACUUUACCAGGCACGCGACCCGAGCAGCUCAUUAAAGGCGAGUUCAUCAACCUGGCCAUGUACUGUGAGCGCAUCCGGAGGAAGUUCUGGCCCGAGUGGUUCGUGGACGCCGACGACUUCUACUACGACAGCACGAGCGACGAGACUCACUCCCUGUCUCCGCUACUGGACCUGGGCCUGUUCUCACACACCGACGGCUUCCCCGAAGACGAGCCCAGCAGCCCGAGCCGCUCCAGCACCGCUCACUCGCUGGACAGCGACCGCACCGGACACUCGCUCUUCGACUCCGACAUGGACGGCGAGUACUCGGAGACGGAGCAGCUCAAGUGCUAACCUUCUUCGUGCGUCACGAUUCCACUUCUCAGGCGCGUCUAUCCUCCAUUAAGGGUUUACCUUUUUGACAAAGUGCAGCCAUGAACAUACAAAAAAACACCUGCAAGUAGGGCUGGGUAUGAUUCAUGCAUUAGAGUAUCUAUUUGAAAAAUUUUUUUUUUUUCCAAUAUCACAAGGACCGGCGUCACACGACACCUAGCCGUACGGACGUGAAAAAAAAACCAAAUCUAUUUUUGUAACCUUUUUCAUUUCCGUUGAAUGAAAUAUCGCAUCCACAGUUUCCGAGCCGCAUUGGUUAACAUCGCGAUACGUAUCGUGUAUCGUAAAUGUCCUCAGAUGUCACACUUUCUUGCCCAGCCCUACUUGCAGGGUAAGAACUAAUGGUAUAAAGGGAUCGAGGAAAAAAAAACACACAGAGAAUCUAAAGGAGCGAAUAAAGCCACCGCCGAUUCGUUCCCGCCGAUCGCCCUUCCUCCUCCACCUCCUCCUCCUCUUCAUCAUCAUCAUUGUUCUUCGUUCAACAAUAAAAACACAAAAAUACGUGUUGUAUGGAUUUGGAUAUACGGUAGGUUUUGGAAGGUCUUCGAAUCCCCUGGUAGCAAAAACUGGCAGAGAAACACAUUCGUCCCUUUAAAAAAAAAAAAAAAAACAAAAACAAAAAAAAAGGAAAGCAAGUGUCUAAAAUAGUGCACAAUAUGCCCAAAAGUUUGUGGACACUGCUCGGUAUGUGCUUUCAGAAAACACCUCAUUUCACACUGGUAUGUUGCGGUCGGACAAAUCGGACACUAAACCCGACAGAGGAGACGUGAAGCCUGGAGGGAGACGUGUUGUCUGGCGUAGGGGGUUGCUGAUGCUGCAAGUUUCAGAAGAAAUUGAUUCAGGUUCCUGCGUGUGAUUUUAAUGCACAGAACUCAAGGAAGGUUUGGGUGGUUUUUUUUGUUUUUUUUUAAUGAUGCACGUGUUUUUCAAACAGCACACACGUGUUAAAGGCCGUCCGUCUGUCUUUCAAAAACGUUAUAUAUUAAACUGGACCGCGCGCACACACUAGAGACUAAACUAAACCCCUAGAAUUAGAUAAAACCCCAAGACUCAACUAAACACUUAGAGACCAGACCAAACUUUAAAACUGAGACUAAACCCAAAUAUAAGAUCAAAAAUCAGAGAUUGGAUUAAAGCACUGAGAUUAGACAAAACCCAGAACAAAGUUAAAUGUAAAGACCAAAUUAAACCAGAAGAUUAGAUUAAGUGACUAGGCUAAACCUGGAUUUUAAACUAAAACCCAAAGAUUAGUCUAAACCUUGAAGACUAGUCUAAACCCCAGAGACUGGACUAAACCUAGAGGAUUGGUUAAACCCAAAGACUGGACUAAACCCUGAAUCAUUGUUCAAACCCUGAGACUGCACUAUACGCACAGACUAGACUACACCCCAGAGACUGGAUUAAAUGCCGGAGACAAGUCUAAACUCCGGAGACUAGUGUAGAUCCUGGAAAAAAGUAAUAAUCUCAAGUUUAAACUGAACUAUAAACAGAGACUAAACCCCAGACAAAAAUACAAUGUUAUUUCUCCAUAUUCACCAUGAACUGAUUCUAAUUGUUAAACUUGUGUGUGUUUGUGUGUGUGUGCGCGUGUGCGCGUGUGUGUGCGUGUGUAAGCCCCCCCAUGGGACGACUUACUUGAAAGUAUGUGCGAUCAUGCACGACUAUGACUCAUUCAUGCACCAGAUGGACACACACACACACACACACACACACACACACCGCACAGAAUUAUAGCACUUACAAGUCUUUGGGUUUUGAAUAACAGGUCUGUGCAAUUGUGUGUGUGUGUGUGUGUGUGUGUGUGUGUGUGUGUGUGUGUGUGUGUGUGCGCUUCAGCACACAGCCUUCAAAAUAUACCCGUCCAUCUUUAAUUCAGUGCCUGAUCGCAACCCGAUGUCAUUAAUUUCUCCUGUAUAUUUUUUUAUUGAUUUAUAUAUUGUUUAUUCAAAUGUUUGUUUGUUUGUUUAUUUGUUAAUUUUUUAAUCGAUUUGAAACGAGGUGUACACAUGGUACAUGGCGGAGGGCGGUUCACACGCGAGGGUUUCGAGGACUGAUAUAAUCCUCGAUAUAGGCCAAAUAUUGUAGUGUGUGUGUGUGUGUGUGUGUGUGUGUGUGUGUGUGUGUGUGUGUGUGUGUGUGUGUGCACUGCACUGCACUGCACUGCACUGUGUGCUCGAGAAAUAAUUUUUAAUCGAUCAGAACACACAGUGUGGUCAAAAGUAUUCGGACACCUUCUAUUUGUGUUUCUUCUCCACGACGUUGGAGGCACACGAUCUUGUAGGACGUCUCUGGAUUUGCCAGCAUGACCUGAAAACACCAAACCUGUUCCAGCAUGAUAAUGACAACUCUGUGAUGCUUCACAUGGGUGGGUUAGAGUGGAAAAUCUCGAGAAGCCCAGGCCUCCUCACCUCCUCAUAUUUUGUAUCUGAACGAGAUGUGCAAUUCCUGACUCUUGAAAACGAAAGUUCUUACACGGUUCUUUGUCAACGUGCACGGUUGUAUGAACCUUUCCAUCACACAGAAGGUUCUUCCAUAGUGGGAAAAAAAAGUUCAUCAGGCUCAAAAGUUUGUGGACACUUGAGCAUAUGAUUCUCAUGAACAUCCCAUUCCACAUUUAUACUCCAUGUGCCCUUAUAAUACACUCCACUCUUCCGCCAAGAUGUUUUACUAGAUAGAUUUUGAGAAGCACUGUAGCUCAUUCGGGUAAAAGGGUGUAACUUAAGUGAUUUAGGUUGAGCCGAGGAGGUCUUGGGGUGCAGAAGAAAUUUCCCCCAAACUGUUCAAUAUGGAUUUAGAGCUCUACAGUGGGUCACUCAAGAUCUUCCAAUACGAAGCGUAUCUUCAUGGAACUUGUGCAAAGUUUGGAAGAUCUUUGGGUCUGUUAGUUCUUCUAGGAAAAAGUUGCCAAAUUUUGUGGAAACAGUUUGGAGAAGAAACAGAUACGAAAUAUGGAAAAAGUCGAAUGCAUCUCCGAAUACUUUAGACAAAAAUUUUUUGGUCCUUUUCAACACCUCUAUUUUUUAAUAUGGAAAGCAAGCAAAAGUAAUCACAUCCCCAGAUGUGUGUGUGUGUGUGUGUGUGUGUGUGUGUGUGUGUGUGUGUUCUCUAGAUUUCAGAAAUGCAAUGUUUUUUUGUUUGAUGCUUGUCUAGACUUCCAGUGAUCCAGUGUACAUAUGUAUUAGGUAUGGGAUUAUUACAGGAUUAUUAUGGGAUUAUUGUGGGAUUAUUAUGGGAUUAUUAUGGGAUUAUUAUGGGAUUGUGUAUACGACGAAGAAACGGUGUACAAUAAGAUGAUUUUGGUUCCUCUAUGAGUGUAUAGUAACCUCGAGAUGAAUGACUGUGUGAAAACCAGUACUCAAAGAAACAAUAAAAUCUAGCUGUGCUAAUUUCA